CGAUGCGGCGUGACGUAUGUGGGCGGAGCAGGGGCGGGGAACUGGCAGCUACUGUCAGACAGUCAUGGAGGCUCGCUACAACUUGAAGAGCCCCGCGGUCAAACGACUUAUGAAAGAAGCUGCAGAAUUGAAGGAUGCCACAGAUCAUUACCAUGCCCAACCACUAGAGGAUAAUCUGUUUGAAUGGCACUUUACUGUUCGAGGCCCCCCAGAUUCUGAUUUUGAUGGUGGCAUCUACCACGGCAGAAUUGUUCUCCCUCCAGAGUAUCCCAUGAAACCCCCAAGUAUCAUUUUGUUAACGGCUAAUGGUAGGUUUGAAGUUGGAAAGAAAAUUUGCUUAAGUAUUUCUGGUCAUCACCCUGAAACAUGGCAGCCAUCCUGGAGUAUACGAACUGCAUUGUUGGCUAUUAUUGGGUUCAUGCCUACCAAAGGUGAAGGUGCCAUAGGUUCUCUGGAUUACACACCUGAAGAAAGGAAAGCACUUGCCAAAAAGUCUCAGGACUACUUUUGUGACGCAUGUGGAACAAGCAUGAAGACUGCUUUACUCCCUCUAAGUUCAGAAUCCAGCCAAGAUGACAGAGAAGCCAGAGAACUUGCAAGACAGAUCAAUUUUACGGUAAAUCCUCCUGGAAGUUCUCAAGCAGAAGGAAGUGGCACCACACAGAAACCAAAACCACCUGAAACAGAGCAGACUGCUGACACAGUGCCUCUGGCUGAGACUCAGGAUAGAGAAGCUCCAUCUGGUGAAGAAGCUGCACAACCAGCACCCGCUCCCAAUCUGUCGAGGAGCCCUCGGCAGCGACGAGCACAACAGAGAAGGAACCCUGCCUCUCCAGGGCUCAUCCCAGUCCAGCAACAUGCUGUCAAUGCAAGCAACACUGGGACAACAUUGCUGAUCGUAUUGUUGACAUUAGCAUUGGCAGCUCUUAUUUUCCGCAGAAUAUACUUGGCCAAUGACUACAUUUUCGACUAUGAGCUAUAAUGUUUGGUUGGUUCUGUAAGGAAUCGACAUGAACGCUUGUUAAAACAUGUUUAAGUUAUGACAACUAUUUCCAGGAAUGACUUUCUGUUCAAAACCUUUUUAUCUGCUUAGAUGGCUAUGGCAUUCUAUAACAUUAUUGCUGGAGUUGGCUGGAUCUUUCUUCCAAUCAGGCUUAUAUACUUUGAACAAGUACUUUGUUUAUACAAAUUAUAUUUAUAUGUUUUCUGAACAAAAUUAAUAAUGGACAGCAAACCACCCAUUUUGUGCAAAAGAAAACAACUGCACUCCCACCAUAGAUAGAUAUACUGUUGCAAUGUUUUUAAUGCCUAGGGUAUGUUAAAU